CACCCGGCGCGCUCGCCGAGUCAGUCGCCGCCCGGACGCCGCCGCGCGACCGCGUCUAUCACCGACACACACUUCGCUAGUAAAAGUUCGCCCCAAGUGAUCAUAACUCGUGCAGUGCGAUUAAUUAGUUACUCCCCGGAGAGUGGUGGAUCAUGUAGUGUAUGGUGCGGGUUGCGGCCACAGUGCGUGUCACCAAGCCCUGCCAAUGGCAGUGCCUCCGAGGUGCACUAAACGGCGAAACUACCAGACGUGAGGAAAGAACCAUGUGUACAAACUUUAAAACUUCAAAAUUGAGUUCGGACAAAACGCGAGUGCUAAGUGGUUUGAACACAAUGUGCUUAGUGCGGGGCCACGACGCCGAGUAGCUCGGAGCGGGGCGCGCUGGCCACCGCCGCCAGCGAUGGUAUGGACGUGGCGGCGAACGCGAGCGACGGCUGGUGGAACGAGACCGAGGUAGAGGCGCAGUACCUGGACCUGUACAACUACUGGGCGUGGAGCAUCCUGGACGGCUCGCUCAUGCUGCUGAUCGUCAGCGGCAACACGCUCACCAUCCUCGCCGUGACGCUCAGCCGCCGCCUCUCCUCGCUCGUGUCCAACCAGUUCGUGCUCAACCUGGCCGUGUCCGACCUCAUGGUCGGGCUCACGCUGCCCUACCACAUGAUUUUCUACCUCGAUGAGGACUUCGGCAAGAUCAAGUACUCGUGUCUCAUGCGGUUUAUACUCAUCGUGCUGGCGUGCCUCGCCUCCAUUUACAACAUCAUCGCCAUUGCGGUGGAUAGGUAUGUGGCGAUAGUGCACCCGCUGCACUACAGCCGCUACAUGACGAAGGUGAUCACGCGGCUGCUCAUGAGCACCACGUGGUCGGUCGCCAUGUGCAUCAGCCUCAUACCCAUCUUCUGGAACAACUGGCACGAGGGCAUCGCGUGCGAGAUGAACAUGGUGAUACCCAAGGACUACACCACGAGCAUCCUGGCGCCGAUGUUCUCCCUCAUCUGGAUGGUGAUGUUCAUCCUGUACUGGCGCAUCUGGCGGGAGGCCACGUGCCACGCGCGUCGCAUGCGGGCCAAUACUUGCUGCCCUACUGGAGCUAAUGAUUGGAAGAGCAUACAGGUGGUCCUGCUAGUCCUGGGCUCCUUCUCUCUCUGCUGGAUGCCGUUCGUGGUCGUCGCCUGCGCGCAGACCUUCCCCGUGUUCCACCUGCACAGCCCCAUCGCCUACCGCCUGACGUCAUCACUGGCCAUGUGCAACUCCGGCAUCAACCCCCUCAUCUACGCCUGGAAGAACGCCGGCUUCCGAGCCGCUUUUGGCAAGCUGCUGCGCUGCAAGGGACCCGACACCUCUGAGUACCGAGGAUCGCCGUGCCCGGAACGCAAGCGAGGAUCGCUGGCUUUGAGAGAAGGGUCGAUUACAAGAACCACACCGCCCAGUGGAGCCGCCAGUGGCAGGCCGGCUAGAUUGCUAUAUGUGGAACGAGAGGCCGAUACGGCCCGGUGUCGGAUCAUAGAGAAUGCAGGGUAUAUAGACUCGGAGCGUGGGGACGCGAACCCCUCGUUCGCCCCCGAUGGACCCACCCCAGUGCAUCGGCCCACACUCAGUGAGCCUGAAGCUGUCUAGUUUAAGUGAACGUUCAAAGACGUUUUAGUGGGAAACGUGAAACGCUUUUAGAAAUAACUCGUUAGUAGUAACUGUAGGUACCCUUCUUCAACGCGUUUAGGUACCUGUUCGACUCUACGCUCAAGUUUCAAAAGCUUUAUUGUUAUUUUUUUAAUUGUAUUUUGAUUUCAUACUGUGGCAGUAAAUUCUUGCCAAAUUUUACACAUAUUUUAAACUAAAUGGACUAAGCAGAUGUAGUAAAUUAUUCAUGUUGAUUUUAAAUACAGAGCUUUAUAAAAGAUAUUUUUGAGUUUCCUGCCAUUUUAUGAAAUUUUUAAAUGUAAAGAGAUUCUCUAUCAGCUAAAAUGAACUAUUUAAAGAUAUAAUUGAUAGCUAAACAUUGUUCCAAGUAUUUCAGAAAUAUAUUACAACAAGUA